UCCACAUCAUGUCCCCUCCUCGCUGGCCACACUCACUGCAUGUUUUUUAAAUUCACAUCACCAGCCUCCAGACGUCGUUUCCUUUUGCCUGGGAGAUGAUGGACAGCAGGAUACUGGAUCCACCUCAUGCCCAGUUCGGAGGCUCUCUCGGUGGGAUGGUGAGCUUUCCCUACCAUCUAAGCCACCAUCAUGUUUACGAAUUAGCUGGUCAUCAACUUCAAUCUGCAGCCGCGGUUCCUUUCUCAAUAGACGGAUUACUCAACGGCUCGUGCACAGCAUCUGUGGUUAAUUCGAACCCCCUCUUGUCGUCUGGCUGCGGUAUGAAUGGAGAUAACCAACAGUACAAACUGACAGAUACGGGAGAUCCAGAGAAGGAUAGCCCGGGCUGUAAGAGAAGACGAACUCGCACCAAUUUCACUGGCUGGCAGUUGGAAGAAUUAGAAAAGGCUUUUAAUGAAAGUCACUAUCCAGACGUAUUCAUGAGGGAAGCACUAGCUCUGAGACUGGAUUUGAUAGAAUCGAGGGUGCAGGUAUGGUUCCAGAACCGCAGGGCUAAGUGGAGGAAAAAGGAAAACACGAAAAAGGGUCCCGGGCGACCUGCUCACAACUCCCAUCCCACAACCUGCAGUGGCGAGCCGAUGGACGCGGAGGAAAUUGCCCGCCGAGAGCGCGAGAGACUGGAGAAAAAGAAGAGAAAACAGGAAAAAAGGUUACUGAGGUCACAGAACAAACUCAUUUCUGGGGACUUAUUUCACACCCCAGGAUCUGACAGUGACAGUGGCGUUUCACAAGUAACGGACAGCGAACAAAAUAUCCAUUGUGACUUGGGCCGAAACCAAACGCAACCAAGCUGUAACCAAACACAGCAAAAACUACAGAACCAAAGAGGCCUGAAUCAAGAUGCGAGUGCAUCCGAGCUAGACUCGUCCGACAGCAGUCAGCAGCCAAACUCAUGCCCCAUCAAUAAGUCCUCCACUCUUCAGAAACUCAAUCCUUUCAGUGUGGAGAGCCUUUUGUCGGACUCAAGGCCAAGGCGAAAACCCACCAUUGAUUUCCCAGUGGCCUCUCCGCGGCCUUUGAUAGGGAAAGGACAUUUUUUACUUUAUCCGAUUACGCAACCGUUGGGUUUUAUCGUCCCACAAACCUCCCUAAAGAACACAGCAUCGGGCAGUGAUGUUGAUAACGGGCAAAAAACACCAACAAGCGAUACUGCUGGAAAUUCAGGACACGGGAACAACAAGGAGUCCAACAGUGUAAAUGCCAGCGCGACAGCAAUCAAAGGCCAGGUCAGUCAAUCGGGCAAAAUAACGUGUUCACCACAGAGUAGUCCACCACAAACCUUUAACGGUCACUCUCCGGGCAGCUGUAACGACGUAAGCCCGCAAGAGAAAGAGUCAGACCUCGCCAAUCCAAAGUCUCCCCUGUCAGAGAAAAAGGAGCAGUCAUUAGGCCUGUUUGACUAUCCACAGAAUUCUGAAUCAGCGACCUCUCACACGGACACCAACAAAGACUCGGUUGAUGUUGAUAUGGGAUAAACUGGUCUUAGAGUCUCAAUAUUGCCCGAAACUUUCAAAGCUUAACCGAAGAGGAAAACUCAAUGACAUAUCAAUAGACUACAUCUUUUUUUCCUUUUCUUUUCUUUCUUGAAUUGACAUAUUUAUAUUCCGAUUAGGGGAAAUAUAUGUGUGAAUAUUUUGUGUAUGUGUCUGGUGGGGUAAAUGUUUAUUGAAAAAAUAGCAACAGCAGGCUCCCUGUAUAACAAACUGUAAAGAAAGCAA